AUGGCGCCCUUACCCUUAACAAGUACUAGAACAUUGAUAACCAAGGAAGGAGAAUUUGACCUCGACUUCGUAAAAGAGGCUGCACAAGAUGAAGUUAAGCCGCAUCCAGGAAAAUACCAUACCAUUGGUAUAUUAUAUCAUACAUACUAUCACAUACUGGCAUGUGUGGGCUUUUACCAUCUCUUCUAUCUCAAAUGGCAGUCCCUUCUUUGGGUGAUCUUUUAUCAUUAUUGUGGUAUCAUUGGAAUCGGUACUGGCGUUCAUCGGCUGUAUUCCCAUAGGGCUUUCAAAGCAACUGUUCCAUUAAGAAUUUUACUACUCUUCAUGUACGCCAUCGCUAAUGGGAUAAGUGCCUUUUCGUGGAGUCGUGACCAUCGCGUUCAUCAUAAAUAUUCCGAUACUGAUGCUGAUCCCCACAACGCCAAGCGCGGAUUAUUCUACUCUCACUUUGGCUGGUUACUUCUUCAUAAACACCCUGAAGUGAUAAAUAAAGGCAAAAAUAUCAACCUCGAUGAUUUAUACAAUGAUCCCAUUCUAAUGUUCCAUCACCGUCACUAUACCUUGAUCCGAUUCAUCACCUGCAUAGUCAUUCCAAUCUUCGUUCCAACUUACUUUUGGGGAGAGUAUUGGCUGUACGCUUGGACCGCUGGUCAUGGUCUUGUUCAAGUCUUCACUAGCCACUGUUCCUAUACUGUAAACAGCUUAUCUCAUCAGUUUGGUAUGAAACCGUAUGACACAAGCUACCUUGCUUCAGAAUGUAGAUUAUCGAAUGGUCUUACGCUCGGGGAAGGUCAUCAUAACUAUCAUCACGCUUUUCCAUACGACUACUCGCAUGGUGAAUUUAACAGCUUCUUACUACCUUUCAACCUUUUCCGCCUUCCUAAUGGCUCGACUACCUUUAUUGAAACUUGCGCUCUCUUGGGCUUAGCAUACGAUUUGCGUCGACCACCGAAAGAGAUGGUAUUGCGUAGAAUGAACAGAACCGGUGAUGGAAGCCUGAAAGUGGAAUAA